CUUUACGUCACUUCCGCGCGCCCUGGUAAACGUCAGUGUUGGGCGCAAACAGUGGCGGUGAGGUUUGCGGGUAAAGUUUGGUUGCUUCCUCGUGAGCCAUGGAGAGUGACUUUUAUCUGCGUUACUACGUGGGUCACAAGGGCAAGUUCGGCCACGAGUUCCUGGAGUUUGAGUUCCGACCAGACGGGAAAUUGAGAUAUGCCAACAACAGCAAUUACAAAAAUGACGUCAUGAUCAGAAAAGAGGCUUAUGUACAUAAAAGUGUAAUGGAGGAACUGAAGAGAAUAAUUGAUGACAGUGAAAUUACCAAAGAGGAUGAUGCUUUGUGGCCUCCUCCUGACCGAGUAGGCCGACAGGAGCUUGAAAUUGUCAUUGGAGAUGAACACAUUUCUUUCACAACAUCAAAAAUUGGUUCUCUUAUCGAUGUCAAUCAAUCCAAGGAUCCAGAAGGCCUACGAGUAUUUUAUUAUCUUGUCCAGGACCUAAAGUGUUUGGUCUUCAGUCUUAUUGGAUUACACUUCAAGAUUAAGCCAAUCUAGAUUGAAUAUUGGUGUGGACACAUGGGGGGUUGGGAGUACCUGUUUUUAAUUACCAUUAUCAGGAAAUUUUUGUGUAUAUCAGGGCAAUAUUUUUUUUAUAAACUAUAAACGUCUUUAAUAAAUACAUUAACAAAAUGCAA